UAACUGUGACGAGUAGUUUACCGGUAAAGUCCUCGCGCGCAACAUGACACACUUUGCGUCUAGUAAAACCACCCUUAGUAGUUUUGUGGACAACAAACAUGGAUAACUUUGCAUACCAACCAGAUGAAAACGGAAAACCUUUUGCUAUUACAAGAUAUCCCUCAGUGCCAAGGCCUGCGAAUGAUUAUCUUGUGGAAGUAAACUCUAGGUCUAAGUUUUUAAAGAAGCCCAAGUUUUUCAAAAUAUUGUCAGCAGUACUCAUUGCUAUAAUUAUCAUUCUUCUGAUUGUUAUCAUAAUCUUGGUAGUACAGUACUACAAAAAAACAUACCUAAAUAUUUGUACCUCCGAGGAGUGCCUCAAGUCGGCAGCAAAUUUGAAACUUUCAAUAGAUUCAACCACCAACCCUUGUGAUGAUUUCUACCAAUACACUUGCGGGCGCUGGUCGAAGGAACAUCCAAAUCACGGAUGGUUUUCAUCAUUUUCAACCUUUGCAACAGUUAGUGAAAAAGUGUUAUUAUCAACUGAAGAGUUUUUGACUUCAAAUGAAGUCAGUAACGAACCUUCGCCAAUAACGCAGGCUAGAAAUUUUUACAAGUCUUGCAUAGAUGAAGAGUCCUUGGAUGAUUUAGGAUUAUCUGUGAUUUAUAAAUACUUAAAAGAAGCGGAUCUGCCUUCAGUUCCUAGUUUGGUGACUAAAACCGAUGAAGAGAUCGCCGAAUUUCAAUUUGAUUGGUUAAAAUCGGAUGCUGUGAUUAAGAAAACUUUUGCUAUGGAUGUCUUGAUUGGGUUUGUGGUUGAUUCAAACAUUUUUAAUCAGUCUGAAAAUGUGAUGUAUAUUGGGGUACCUGGGCUACGGUGUCCUUUACCCAGUCCUUUUAAAAAAAAUGAUAAGAAAACCGGAGAGGAAAAUUCUCCCAAUCUUGAAGAGUUACGAAGGUUAACCAAUGGAAAUAUUAUUAAAUUUGUUUUGUCUACAAUAUAUAGAGAUGUAUUGUCAAAAGAACUUAAUGAAGAUGUUCUUGAACAAGCGAGUGAUGUGUUGUUGAAUAUGACAUUUGAGAUUGACACUCUAGUCGCGAAUUUUUCUAUUGAGGUAAAUGACUUGCAGUCGCAAAAAAUUAAGGAGUUGCAAGCGAAAAUUAAUAAAAUUUUACUUAACAAUGUUAAUAAGGAGUAUCCCCAAAUUUUGGAAAAAUAUUUAGAUAACUUGUUUACCGGAACGAACGUUACUAUUGAUUUCGACAAAGAUCUCUUGUUUGUUGGUCAAAAUGAUGUUGAUUAUCUACCAAAGAUUCUAUCGUAUGUUUUGUCGACGUCGGAUAUUUAUCUUGAAUUAUACAUGUGGUGGGUGACCGUUUUUGCAAUGAUAAUCAAUACUUCGUCAGAAAUUGUUGAAUACAUUGUUAAACAGACGGCUCCGUUCUAUACUGGCACCGCUGUCUUAAGAUCGCGGUCCUUGGAUUGUAGCGCUUUAGUUACGAGUUUUAUGGGGAUGGCAAUUAGUUACGGCCUUGUGGAUCAAACUUUUUCCAACAAAACGAAACCUAAGGUUGAACAAAUGUUGUACGAUAUUAAAAGCGCCUUUGUCGAACAUGUCAAAACGCUAAGUUGGAUGGAUAAGGAAACGAAAACUGCAACUUUGGAAAAAAGUAAAGAUAUGCUUAGUUUUAUAGGGUAUCCGGAUUGGUUGUUGGAAAAGGGGGCUCUUGAAACUUACUAUCAAGGCAUUGUGCUUGCUAAUAAUACGUAUUUGGACAAUAUGAUGAGUUUUACCAAACUUUAUGUUCCGAGUAGAUUGGAAGAGUUGAGGAAAAUAAAUGAACGAAAUUGGAGUACUGACCCUCUAAGUGUCAACGCUUUUAAUUCUUUUACAAACAAUGCCAUUAAUCUUCCAAUGGCAAUUUUGGCAUUUCCGAUUUACCAUCUCGGAUUAGAAGUUUUAAACUAUGGUGCUAUGGGAUCGAUUUUGGGUCAUGAAUUGACGCACGGUUUUGACAAUGAAGGGAGAAAACAUGACAGAUUUGGAAAUUACAAAGAGUGGUGGUCACACGAAACCAUCCAUACGUUUGAGGAAAAAAUUGAGUGUUUUGUCAAGCAGUAUGAUAAUUUUACAGUUGAUGGUGUUGAGUCACAUGUACAAGGGAAGAAAACUUUGGGUGAAAACAUUGCCGAUAAUGGUGGACUUAGACACGCUUAUUGGGCUUAUCGUAAAUAUGUACACCGAAACGGAUUGGAGCCUAAACUUCCAGGUUUUGAGAAUUUUACGAAUGAUCAAUUAUUUUUUAUAGCUUUUGGAAGUAUUUGGUGUGAGACAAUUUCUCCUGAUGAUUUGGAAAAUCAGAUUGAGUAUGACGAGCAUUCUCCUAAUAAGAUACGAGUUAUAGGUUCGUUACAAAAUUCGGAGGAAUUUGCUCAAGCAUUUCAAUGUCCCGUCGGGAGUAAAAUGAAUCCAAAUACUAAUAAAUGUCAAGUGUGGUGAUAAAAAUAAAACGUGUGAUAUUUUUU